AUGCUCUUAUUUACAAAUAGAAGAUUAUGGAGAUUCGCUACUCAGAAGUAUUCAUGAUACUUAAUCAAGAAUUUAUAAGGAUUCCACUAAAUUAUCUGAGGAGGAAAUAUCGUAAAUACUUUUUAAAGAUGAAGAGCCUACUACAAACAAUGUUAAAUCGAAUCCAGAUAAUCAAGUUACUAUGGACACUUUGUAUGAGAAAUCCAACAUCAAUGAACUAUUGGAUAUCAUUCAAAGAAAGGCCCAAUAAGAAAUCACUCCCAAAGAAGAACCGAAACCACCUACGAGAUAAGAUUUGCCAUUAAAAUAUGGAUUACCUAUAAAAAAUGUGGGUUUGGAUCUCACAGUUGAGAAAGUGGAGUAAUGAAUUUGUGUCAAUAUUAAUUUGCAGACCUCCCAAGACAGUGACAAUGAAGAUGUUUGAAAUUCUUAAAUUAAAUGAGCAUACCUCCUAUUAAGAGUAUGAAAAUGCAAUUUAACAAUUUAAAGAAGGCUUGUAUGGGAAUGCAGUCAGACCCUUUUAUGAGGUGAGAAACGAGAUGAAAGAAACAUUAAAAGAAGAUGCUAUUCCCUAUGCAUUACUGAAUAACAAUAAAUACAUGGAAGAAAUUAGAGAGAAUAGAGCACUCAAUAUCUCAAUCCCUGGCACAAUCGAAAACGAACAUGCUCACAGAUUCUUGAAGCUUAGACCUGUUGAAGAAUUCAGACAUACUCCAUUAAUCCCAAUCUCUGAUAGACAAAUGAGGGAAUACCAAGAAAAGGUUGAAGCAUAUCACAGGAAAGGAGUGUAUUUGGAAGUUUCAAGAGAAUAACUUUAUUUUGCUUCAUUCGUUGCAGGAAUUUUGUAUAUUAUGUUUAGAAUGUUUCAAUGGGUUCUAAAGAAAGAGGAAGAAUCAGGUUUGCAAUUUUAGAGACUCAAAUUAAGGAGAAUGGGAAUGGCUUAUGAGGUUGUUUGA